CCGGUCGAGUGUGUGGACGGGUGGAUUGGUGUUGGAUCGUUAUUUGGUGGUAUUUUGGUGUACCGGGCCGGGGACUUUUAUGCGAGUUGCGAGGCGAGCCGGUGCCGCGGGGUGUCCUUACGCGAGGGUACACCCUUUUUAAGGGUACAGCAAAAGUGAGCUGUUGGUCUGAUUGACAAAAUGACGACCGACAUCUCGAUAGUGCGUGGGGGUUGGGACCCCACGCUACAACAAGAGAUUGUCGACGAGUACGAAUACGAGGGGGGAAAUUCGAGUUCGAGACUUUUCGAACGAUCACGUAUCAAGGCACUAGCUGGUGAGCGUGAAUUAGUGCAGAAGAAGACUUUCCAAAAAUGGGUCAAUUCCCACUUAGUCCGAUGUUCGUGCCGAAUCGGCGAUCUAUACGUCGAUCUGCGAGACGGAAAAAUGCUGAUAAGGCUGUUGGAAAUCUUGUCGGGUGAGCGUUUACCACGUCCUACCAAGGGCAAGAUGCGUAUCCACUGCCUGGAGAAUGUGGAGAAGGCGCUGCAGUUCCUGCGCGAGCAGAGGGUACACCUGGAGAACAUGGGAUCUCACGAUAUCGUCGAUGGGAAUCCACGUUUGAGUCUGGGUCUCAUCUGGACAAUAAUUUUGAGAUUUCAGAUUCAGGAUAUUACCAUCGAAGAGACGGAUAAUCAAGAGACCAAAUCCGCCAAGGACGCGUUAUUGCUGUGGUGUCAAAUGAAGACCGCCGGCUAUCACAACGUGAACGUGAGAAAUUUUACGACAUCGUGGCGGGACGGUCUGGCGUUCAACGCGAUCAUACAUAAGCACCGUCCAGAUCUGAUUCAGUUCGACAAGCUCUCCAAGUCGAAUGCGAUUUACAAUCUCAAUAAUGCUUUCAAUGUCGCGGAGGAUAAACUCGGACUCACGAAAUUACUGGACGCCGAGGACAUCUUUGUCGAUCAUCCGGAUGAAAAAUCUAUCAUAACAUAUGUCGUCACGUAUUAUCAUUAUUUCUCGAAGAUGAAACAGGAAACCGUGCAAGGUAAGAGGAUUGGCAAAGUGGUUGGUAUCGCGAUGGAGAACGACCGUAUGAUACACGAGUACGAAAGUCUUACCAGCGAUCUGCUGCGCUGGAUCGAGGCUACGAUAGAAGCGCUCGGCGAUCGCAGGUUCGCGAAUUCUUUGGUAGGCGUUCAAUCACAACUCUCACAAUUCUCGAAUUAUCGCACGGUGGAAAAACCUCCCAAGUUUGUGGAGAAAGGUAAUCUUGAGGUAUUGCUAUUCACUUUACAAUCGAAGAUGCGCGCGAACAAUCAGAAGCCCUAUACACCUAAAGAAGGCAAGAUGAUAUCCGAUAUUAACAAGGCUUGGGAGAGACUAGAGAAAGCUGAACACGAGCGAGAAUUGGCUCUCCGUGAGGAAUUGAUUCGGCAGGAGAAGUUGGAGCAGUUAGCUGCCAGAUUUAAUAGGAAGGCUAGCAUGCGCGAGACAUGGUUGUCAGAGAAUCAGCGAUUGGUAUCACAGGAUAAUUUCGGUUUUGAUCUCGCUGCCGUGGAAGCCGCCGCGAAAAAGCAUGAAGCCAUCGAGACUGACAUCUUUGCUUAUGAAGAGCGCGUACAGGCUGUCAUGGCGGUUUCGCAGGAGCUCGAAGCGGAGAACUAUCAUGACAUCGAGCGUAUUAAUGCUCGCAAGGAUAAUGUGCUGCGAUUGUGGAACUAUCUUUUGGAAUUGCUCCGCGCUAGGCGAAUGCGGCUGGAACUAUCAUUGCAAUUACAGCAAAACUUCCAAGAGAUGUUAUACAUUUUGGACAGCAUGGAGGAAAUCAAGAUGCGACUGCUAACAGACGAUUAUGGCAAACAUCUGAUGGGCGUGGAGGAUCUGUUGCAGAAGCACUCUCUUGUCGAAGCAGAUAUCAACGUGCUUGGCGAAAGAGUCAAGGCCGUUGUCCAACAGAGCCAGAGAUUCCUAGAGCACGGAGAAGGCUAUCGACCGUGUGAUCCGGCCAUUAUUGUCGAACGCGUGCAACAACUGGAGAACGCGUACGCCGAGUUGGUGCGGUUAGCGAUCGAGCGUCGUACCAGGCUCGAGGAAUCUCGAAAACUCUGGCAGUUUUAUUGGGACAUGGCGGACGAAGAAAAUUGGAUAAAGGAAAAGGAGCAGAUUGUAUCCACAGGUGACAUCGGUCACGACUUGACCACUAUCAAUUUAUUGCUGUCCAAGCAUAAGGCACUAGAAAAUGAGAUACAAUCGCACGAACCGCAAUUGAUGUCAGUCGCAGCGGUUGGCGAUGAGUUAGUUCGGCAACAACACUUUGGUUCCGAUCGUAUUCAAGAGAGACUUCAGGAGAUACUUGCCAUGUGGAAUCAUUUGCUGGAUCUGGCAGCUUUCAGAAGAAAGCGACUCGUAGAGGCUGUUGACUAUCACCAACUGUUUGCAGAUGCGGAUGAUAUAGACAUUUGGAUGUUGGACACUUUACGACUUGUCUCGUCCGAAGAUGUCGGCAGAGACGAGGCAAACGUACAAUCAUUGUUGAAGAAGCACAAAGAUGUAACGGACGAGCUUAAGAAUUAUGCUACGACUAUCGAUCAACUUCACCAGCAGGCAUCUAUGUUAGGCGAACAAGACGCUAAAUCACCGGAAGUUUUGGAGAGACUUACCUCUAUAGAUAACAGAUACAAAGAACUUCUUGAGCUGGCCAAAUUACGUAAGCAGAGGCUGUUGGAUGCGUUAUCGUUGUAUAAGGUGUUCAGCGAGACCGACGGAGUCGAGCAAUGGAUCGGUGAGAAAAAUAGAAUGCUAGAUACGAUGGUACCUGCCAAGGAUAUCGAAGAUGUCGAGAUCAUGAAACAUCGCUAUAAUGGCUUCGAGAAAGAGAUGAACGCGAAUGCAUCUCGCGUUGCCGUGGUUAAUCAAUUGGCCAGACAAUUGCUGCAUGUUGAACAUCCUAAUUCGGAACAAAUAAUCGCGCGACAAAACGAACUGAAUCAGAAAUGGGCAGAGUUACGCGAGAAGGCAGAGGGCAAACGCGAGGAACUGAACUCUGCGCACGGCGUGCAGACAUUCCACAUUGAGUGUCGCGAAACCGUAUCCUGGAUCGAAGACAAAAAGCGAAUUCUGCAGCAGACAGACAGUUUGGAGAUGGAUUUGACAGGCGUGAUGACACUGCAACGUAGACUGAGCGGCAUGGAGCGCGAUUUGGCUGCCAUUCAAGCCAAACUGGACGCUCUGGAGAAAGAGGCAGAAGUCAUACAGAAGGAACAUCCAGAGGAAGCUGCGGUGAUACGCGAGAGAAUUGCACAGAUUCAUCUGAUUUGGGAACAGCUGACACAGAUGUUAAAAGAACGCGACGCCAAACUCGAGGAGGCCGGAGAUUUGCAUCGGUUCCUACGCGAUCUCGAUCACUUCCAGGCAUGGCUCACGAAAACGCAAACCGAUGUCGCCAGCGAAGACACGCCGACUAGUCUCGCUGACGCCGAGAAACUACUCACGCAGCAUCAAAACAUCAAGGAAGAGAUCGAUAAUUAUACUGAUGAUUAUCAGAAGAUGAUGGAAUAUGGCGAACGGUUGACGACGGAAGCUGGCGAUGGCGAUACGCAAUACAUGUUCUUGCGUGAGAGAUUGAACGCGCUAAAGAUGGGCUGGGAGGAAUUACAUCAGAUGUGGGUGAAUCGUCAGAACUUACUAUCUAACUCUUUGAAUCUACAGGUGUUCGAUCGAGACGCGCGUCAAGCGGAGGUGCUCUUGUCGCAACAGGAGCAUAUUCUCGCUAAGGAUGAGACGCCAGCGAACUUCGAGCAAGCGGAACACAUGAUUAAGAGACAUGAGGCCUUCAUGACCACCAUGGACGCCAACGACGAAAAAAUCAACUCGGUUGUGCAAUUUGCUGGACGUUUGGUCGAUGAGGGACACUUCGCGGCCGAUAAAGUGAAGAAGAAGGCCGAAAACAUUAAUGAACGUCGGCGAAUUAAUCGUGAGAAGGCUAAUCAACUUAUGGAGAAACUCAAAGAUCAGCUGCAAUUGCAGAUGUUUGUACAAGAUUGCGAAGAACUCGGCGAGUGGGUACAAGAAAAACAUAUCACUGCCCAAGACGAGACGUAUAGAAGUGCAAAGACUAUUCACAGUAAAUGGACUCGUCAUCAGGCGUUUGAGGCGGAGAUCGCGAGCAACAAAGAUCGCCUGCAGCAAUUGCAGCAAGCAGCAGAUGAAUUGAUUCAACAGAAACCGGAUCUGGCUGAGAUCAUCAAACCGAAGGUAGCUGAAUUGGUAGAACAAUUCGCCGAUUUGGAGACCACGACUCAUGAUAAAGGUGAGCGAUUGUUCGAUUCGAACCGCGAAGUGUUGAUACACCAGACUUGCGACGACAUCGACUCUUGGAUGAAUGAAUUGGAGAAGCAGAUAGAAAGUACCGACACUGGCUCCGAUCUGGCGUCCGUGAAUAUAUUGAUGCAAAAGCAACAGAUGAUUGAAACGCAAAUGGCAGUGAAAGCGAAACAGGUUACCGAGCUAGACAAACAGGCAGAGCAUUUGCAACGUACAGUACCCGACGACAAGAUGGAGGAAAUUAAGUGCAAGAAGGAGAAGGUCGCCCAGAGAUUUGCUCAGCUCAAGGCACCACUCAUCGAUCGUCAACGGCAGCUUGAAAAGAAGAAGGAGGCCUUCCAAUUCCGUCGUGACGUCGAAGACGAGAAACUAUGGAUUGCGGAGAAAAUGCCUCAGGCAACUAGCACUGAAUAUGGAAACUCGUUGUUCAACGUUCAUAUGUUGAAGAAAAAGAAUCAAUCAUUACGCACAGAAAUUGAGAAUCACGAACCCAGGAUCAAUUUAGUGUGCAACAACGGGCAGAAGUUAAUUGACGAAGGACAUGAGGACAGCCCUGAGUUCCAGAAAUUGAUCUCUGAACUGACGGAGAAGUGGCGCGAGUUGAAGGACGCCGUUGAUGAUAGAAACAAACAUCUGUUGCAAAACGAAAAGGCGCAACAGUACUUCUUCGACGCUACCGAGGCCGAGUCAUGGAUGAGCGAGCAGGAGCUAUACAUGAUGGUUGAGGAUCGCGGUAAAGAUGAGAUUUCUGCUCAGAAUCUGAUGAAGAAACACGAGUCGCUUGAACACGCGGUUGAGGAUUAUGCGGAUACGAUCCGUCAGUUAGGCGAGACUGCUAGGCAGCUAAUAAAUGACCAGCACCCGUUGGCCGAUCAAAUUGCCGUGAAGCAGUCGCAGGUGGACAAACUCUAUGCCGGCUUGAAAGAUCUGGCGGGCGAGCGACGCGCCAAACUGGACGAGGCACUUCAGCUGUUUAUGCUUAACCGAGAAGUCGACGAUCUCGAACAAUGGAUUCAGGAGAGAGAACUGGUCGCCGGUAGUCACGAGUUGGGCCAGGAUUACGACCAUGUGACCUUGCUGUGGGAGAGAUUCAAAGAGUUCGCUCGCGACACCGAAGCGAUCGGUUCCGAGCGAGUGGAGGCCGUGAAUGGCAUCGCUGAUUCUCUGAUCGCUACCGGACAUUCCGAUGCGGCGACGAUCGCUGAAUGGAAGGACGGUUUGAACGAGGUCUGGCAAGACCUGCUCGAACUGAUUGAGACGCGCACACAGAUGCUGGUGGCCAGCCGCGAGUUGCACAAAUUCUUCCACGAUUGCAAGGAUGUUCUCGGUAGAAUCUUGGAGAAACAAAACGCCAUGUCCGAUGAAUUGGGUCGCGACGCCGGCUCGGUGUCCGCCCUUCAACGUAAGCACGCCAAUUUUAUUCAGGAUUUGUCCACAUUGCAAAAUCAAGUGACGCAGAUCGAGGAGGAAUCUGCCAAGCUGCAGGCGAGCUACGCGGGCGACAAAGCACGAGAGAUUACAAAUCGCGAGGCUGAAGUCGUGGCAGCGUGGAAUAAUCUGCAAUCGUUAUGCGAAGGCAGACGAGCCAAAUUGGAGGACACUGGUGAUCUCUUCCGAUUCUUCAAUAUGGUCAGGACUUUGAUGAUCUGGAUGGACGAUGUUGUGCGCCAGAUGAACACGUCUGAGAAACCGCGUGAUGUUGCCGGCGUUGAAUUGCUGAUGAAUAAUCAUCAGAGCUUGAAGGCGGAGAUCGAUGCCAGGGAAGAUAAUCUAAUGGCGUGCAUUAAUCUUGGAAAAGACCUAUUAGCUAGAAAUCAUUAUGCCAGCGCACAGAUAAAAGAAAAACUGGCGGCAUUGACCGAUCAUAGAAAUGCAUUGUUACACCGAUGGGAAGAACGUUGGGAGAAUUUGCAACUCAUUUUGGAAGUUUAUCAAUUCGCCCGAGAUGCGGCAGUUGCUGAAGCAUGGUUAAUUGCUCAAGAGCCGUAUCUUAUGAGCCAGGAACUUGGUCAUACUAUCGACGAAGUUGAGAAUUUAAUCAAGAAACACGAGGCUUUCGAAAAAUCGGCAGCUGCACAAGAGGAAAGGUUUAGUGCCUUGCACCGACUUACUACCUUCGAGUUGAAAGAAUUAAAGCGACGAGAGCAAGAAAGGGAAGAAGAAGAAAGACGUAAAAAGGAGGAAGCGGCAGCGGCGGAAGCUGCACGUUUGGCUAAAGCGACACCCGUUACUAGUCCAGAUGAACCACCUAGCGAAAGAGCUGAAACUGAUGGCGCAACCAGCGGAGAACGCGGAGAGGACGAACAUGCGGCACAUCGCAAGGCUUCUACACGUACACCACAGCCUCAAGAUAAGCCCAAGGAAGUGCAUGCACAAAGACCUAGACAGCUGUCUUUCCGGGAAGGAGAUAGGACUUCAUCUAUCACGCCAACAUCUGCGAAAACUCCGCCUUAUGGUAUCCGCACGCCGACAACUCCGAAAGGCAGUGGCUCCGAGGCUGCAAGGCGUAAGGAACGAAGCCGCAGCAAGUCACCAUUCAGGAGCUUCCGCUGGAGAAAGUCCGCCAAGUCGCCGAGUUUAGAUCGCAGUGGCGUGAGUGAUGAUGAGCACAGUAUUCCUGAGCAACGAAGUCCGAGCGACGACGAGUUUGAAGGGCCAUUACAGCGAAAGCACGAGUGGGAAAGUACGACGAAGAAGGCGUCCAAUCGCUCCUGGGACAAGGUUUACAUGGUCGUACGUGGACAGAAUUUAUAUGUAUAUAAAGAUCAGAAGUCGUACAAAGCAUCGCCCGAUCAACCAUACAAAGGAGAAGCUCCCCUUGACUUACGAGGCGCAACUAUUACCGUAGCGAGUGAUUACACUAAGAAGAAACAUGUCUUCCGAGUCAAGUCGCAAAGCGGAUCCGACUUCCUGUUCCAGGCCAAAGACGAUACUGAAAUGAACGAUUGGGUGUCCGCAUUAAAUCAAGCGGCGCAAGGAACAUCAGGUGCAAGUACAUCUAGGGCUCACACUUUGCCAGCCCCGACACAAGCCGAAACUAAGCGGCGUAGUUUCUUCACUCUCAAGAAAAACUAAACUGGAGCAGUGAAGUACGGUGUAAGCCGCUCGUAAUGCGUCUGCACAACAUCGUGUUUAUGAGAAAUGUUUCGUCGCUCUACAUGGUUAAAGCAACGCUAAUAUAAAAUUAGAAGACAUGGCCACGGUGUUAUGAAAUGAAUUGAAGGAUGGAUUGAACGGGUCUUUGAAAAACGCCUACAUUCGAAGAACGGAGAUAUUUAACGGUUAUAUGUUGAUAUUUACAAGUGUAGGCUAUUGAAAGUCUAAUUAAAUUUAGUUCUUCAAUGAAUUUUGGACACUUUGCUAGUUGAAGAACAAGCGACAUUUUCAAUGUCCCACGUUAGCGUGAUCAAACUUUUGACACGCGAUUUAAUUCUAUUAUAUUUUACGUAUAUAUUGCCACGCAUUUUUUAAGAGGCACGAUCAUUUCCUUCACGGGAAACAAAUAAUGUCUUCUUUGUGGUACAAAAUAUUUUAUAAGUUGCUGCGAUGUUUUUACAUACAGCAAUUUUUUUUAAGAGUGUUAUUCGAUAGAAAAGAGCUCGAUCUUGUUGAGUCCGCAAAGAAUAUAGAUUGGAGGAGAUAUAUCUUAGUCACACUUUAUGAUAAUUUUUAUAAUUAUUGUUACACGAUGAGUUCAGGUUUUUCAACAUUUUUUUAAUGCAUUUUUUUGCAUUUCACGCGAGUUCUCGUGUUAUGGAGCAGAUAUAAUCUCUGACAAUACUGAAAGGAGGGCGAGAACGAUUCCAGCCGUGAUCACUUAGGAUAUAUCGCUUUCAUUAUCAUAUCGCACGCGCAGUAUUUUACUUGACUUCUUUUCCUGCAAACGUAUCUGUUUGCGUUCGGAUGACUGCCAUAUAUUUUAAGAGCCACACUAACUUGGGACAUAUAAUAUUAUAUAAACUAGCUUUUAACAAAUUGUUAAAUAUGCAGCUUCCUAAGGGAAUACCGCAUUGAAGAAUUAUAAAGAAAAUGUAAUAACUAACAAGAGAAAGAGAGAGAGAGAGUUUCCCCGUCUCAUCCCUUUCCCCUUACACGUUCCCCUUAUCCUAUAUCACACGAAAAUAUCUAAAUUCGCGCAAAUGAUACAGUUUGUAUUAAGUGAGCGCUUAUAUACACGGUAAAUUAUUACAGCCGUGUUAUAUCAUUGUUGCGAAUUAUUUGUACCUCACUUGAUUCCGACUCGACAUUUGGCGUGAUUAUGCGGACUAUACAUUUACUCUUUUAUAAUUGUUAACUUUUUUUUAAUAUUUAUCACAUUCAUCUUGUUUUUUUUUCCUUCUUAGAGUAUACUAUCUCUAAUUGGGAAGUUUUAAAACCUCCCUCGCUUCGAAAAAUUUUUAGUUUAACGCAUUUUGGAGAAACUGUAAUGGUAACGCGCGAGAGAAUGUUACAUUUUAUUCGUCGUUUCUUGACUCGAUGCGACUCGAUCAAUCAAUCGAUCCGGUGUGUACUUUGUCUCUUCGAAACGUCUUUUCGAAACAUAAAUCUGCGAUAGUUUCUUUCUGUGACUCUCACACGUCAAAUAUUUGGAAUAUUAUUUACGUUCGUAUAAUAAUUGCAUUUAUCGGCUGAGCUUACUAAGAGACUUGUAUAUAUGGCGCUAUACGCAUACACACAUACGUUAUGUCUGUGAGAAUUCUAAUUCUAAUCAAAACGAUCGUACAUCCGCUUUUAUAUAAUUUCGUGCAUGUGCAUUUAGCGAAGAACAUUGAAUAUCAGAGUCGCAUUGCUAAGCAAACAACAUUUGGUAUGUCAUAUAGCUAUGUGUUUUAUAUAUAAAUAUAUCUAUAAAUAUAUAAAUACAGAACGAGAUGAAGAGCAUUAAAUAUAUUAUAAGAAAUAAAAAUUAUUAUAAUAGAUAAUAUAUAUAAAUAUAAAAUAAUUGUCGAGUUUCUAACAUGGUAAUUCUUUUCGUUUUAAAACGACCUUCCCCGAUCUCGACAAGGAAAAAAAAUCACCUUCGGGCGAUCGUCUCCAGAUAUAUCUCGAGAUAUUAUCAGCAAUUAUCAGCGAGACUAAAUGAAAAUUUCUUUGGGCGUUCAUCAGAGUCGUUUUAAUACGGAAAGGAUUUACACAAUGUGCGUCAUUAAAUACUCGCUUAAAUUAAAUGUUUGGUUGUAUAUUUCACAUUGUUAUUCUUGAUAUGUUAGAACGCAGUUGCGACGCAGUAAUCUUUAGCGAAAAAGAAAAAUUUUUUUUUAUAUACCUAACACUAUAUCAUAUUACUUCAUUGAUUCCGUCUUCGCUUGUAAAACGAUAAUUCGCUUCAUUCCUAUCAUUGUCAUCGUGUGUCACACGAAAAUGUAAUUGCGCGCGCCGAUUAUUUUAUCCUCAAACUUCAUUAAGGUCAACGUGUAAUUUUUUAAUGUGCCUUUUUACAGCUUCGUUGAGAAAUAAAAUGCGAUCAAGUAUCAAGCGUGAUUGGUGCCAGCGGAAAAAAACGUAGCAAAAACUCGAGCACGAGCAAACGUUCGUGAAGCGAGAAUGUCAGACUUGCGUUUUCGUUCUCCUUUCGAUUCAUUCAUUUCUUUUCUUUUUCAUUCAUUGCGAUCGUCGAUCGUCGUCGUAACACGCAAAUUUUACACCGAGAUCGGACCGAGGGAGCAAACGCGAACGACGAGUAGCUUGCCUUCGAUAGCGAUGAUGUGUUCGCGCUCGACGAAAACAAGGCUGUUCGUUCGCGUUCGUUCGUGUUUUGCACGCUCGGCAUGCGGUUUUUUCGUCAAUAAUGCGCGAUUACAAUAGUCGACGCGUGACAACUGUCGGCCGUUUCAACCGCAAAGUUGCGUUUGCGAAAUUAGUUGGCACGUGACGAUGCAAACACAGCACUCGGCUUCUAUUUUCAACGGUAUCGAUUUGCGCGCAGCGCACGAUGUCGAGGAGCUUUAAGGAAAAAAAAAAAAAAAAAAAAAACUGACGUCGCGAUAACUUUCGCUCCAGUUACGUCCAUCGCGAAUUAUCGAAUUAUCGAGAAUAAAUGUAUCCAUAGAACGAUUCCGACGUCUCCGAACGAUAAAAGCGGACUUCGUCGAUUUGUGAAGAGGAAUACGAGAGGGACGCGAAUUUUCAUCGAGGGAAAAGAGAGGAAGACUGACGAUAUAAUCAUUCGUGACGCGAUAAUACCCGUCCGCUUCUCGCUUCUUCAUUUUAAUUAAUUAUCGAUCAUUAAUUAAUUAAUUAUCGAUUAUCUCGGGGUGAUCAAGGUAAGACAUCAUUUUCAAAUCGAUAUGCCCUUCGAAAGAAUCAGUUUCAGAGAGGAGAUUAAUUUUUCAAUCUUAUCUGAAAAUAUGAAGAAAAUUUGUAUUGCCACCGAGACAGAAUGACAACGAGUGCAGAAUUGUUACGGAAGAAUUAUUAUAUUUUUCAAUCGACGGAUGAAAAGAUGAAGAUGACAAGCCAACACGCAGAUGUUGAUCUACGCAAGCGAUAUGCAAAUAUAUGAUAAUAAUUCAGAAAUACAUUUUAGUUGGUUGAAUAUUUCGAUGAAACAUUUGAAACUUCCUUAGUAAUAACAAAUCACUUAGUUACUACUAAAAUGGGUCAAAAUAGAAGAUUAUUCGCGAUAUGCAGUCGGAAUUUACAAUUGUCGUUAUACCAAUAAAGAUACAUGCAAAAUAA